UGCAAGAUGGCGCUGCGAAAUGCAGUUUGAUGUGCAUCGAAUUUCGAUGUUCAAAAUGUAAGAAAAUGGCGAGAAUGACGUGUACACCAGAUGAUUUGAUUCAAUGGGAUUCUGCUGAAAAUUGUUUGGCACCGUUAACAGAUGUACAAAAAGAUUGUUUACAAAAAUUGGAAGAAGAAUUGUCUUCUCUGGACAUUACAACUAACGAAAAUGCGAGUGAAAUUGGUGAAUCUUUGGAUCAAGACAAAUGUGAUAAAAUAAUACAAAUAGAACGUUGUCAAGAUGUUUUAGAAUAUUAUACUAAAUUAGAGAGGGAAUAUAUCUCAUCUGAAAAUUUGAAAUAUAUGUUAUAUUUGGAUGAUCUUAAAACUCGUCGCCAAGAAUGCAAAGAACUUUGCGAAUUGAUUACGGAUACCUUGGAAGAUUUUUCUAUUUUGUUUAAACAAUAUGCUGAAGUAUCGGAUAAAACAUCAUCCUUGCAUAAUGCAAGUGAAGAACUGAUCUCUGAUCAAAAGAGAUUAAACUCUAUGGUAGAGAGUAUAGCAGAGUACGUAAAAUAUUUUAAAGAAGUAGACGUGAUAAUGGAAAAAUUAGAAGCUUCUACAUUAUCUGUAAAUAGCGAUAUGUUUUUUAAUAUAGUAGAGAAGGUAGAUACUAAUAUGGAUGCUUUACAGACAAACAACACUUUCAAAGAAAGUUCCACUUAUUUAGUUAAAUAUAGACAUUGUCAAUCCAAGAUUAUAACUUUGAUACAGAAUUAUAUUUUCAAUUUAUUUGCAAGAACCACAGAAAGCAUUUUAAAUUUCAACGAAACCGAAGGCGUACAAGAAAACAUGGAUGCUGCUUUGGCAUUAUUUUAUGGGAGAUUUCAAACAAUCGUUUCCAAAGUAAAACCUAUCAUAGAUCAAGUGGAAACUAAAUCUGCUAAGCGACAAGAAUACAAUAAUUUAUUAGUAGAAUGUCAUCAAUAUUACUGGAGUCAAAGAGGUUUGGUAUUGGGUCCUAGUAUUCAGAAAUCUUUAUCUGCUAUAAAAGAAAGAUAUAAUGGAGAUCAUUGCAGUUUAGUCAGACAUUCGUGUGCCUUGCUUUUACACGCGUCCGUCGACGAAUAUAGAUUGUUUUACGAAUUCUUUUCUAAGCCAUCCAUAGGCCUAACAACGUUUUUAGAAAGUCUGUGUACCUCUUUAUACGACACUAUAAGACCAUUUAUCAUUCACAUUAAUCAUUUAGAAACUCUAGCAGAAAUCUGCUGUAUUUUAAGGAUAGAAAUGUUAGACGAACAUGUGCAAAAUAAUUUUGAGCCUUUAGAAGGUUUUGGGAAUAUUUGCUUGCAACUUUUACAUGACGUGCAAGAGAGACUAGUUUUUCGUGCACAAUUGUAUUUACAAUCUGAUGUAUUGAAUUAUAGUCCAUCACCAGGAGAUUUGGCGUAUCCAGAAAAGCUAAAAAUGAUGGAAGAUAUUGCAGAAUCCAUAAGAGAAGAAACACGUCAAUCAAGAAUGAAAAGAAUAUCUGUAUCAUCUAAUGAUAGUAAUAUACUUGAGCCGGUGUCAAGAAAUCAUAUUAUAAUGGAUUCGAUUUAUCAAAAAUCGCACAUGGGUAGUUCACCAGCAGAUUUACAUGGAAUGUGGUAUCCUACAGUUCGUAGAACUUUGGUUUGUUUGUCAAGACUUUAUCGAUGCGUAGAUAGAUCAGUCUUUCAAUCGUUAAGUCAAGAAGCUAUAUCCCUUUGCGUUCAAAGUAUAGAGAAAGCGAGAAAUGAAAUAGAACUUCGAGCUUCUACAUUGGAUGCUGAAUUAUUUCAAAUUAAACAUUUAUUGAUAUUACGUGAACAAAUAGCUCCAUUUCAAGUAGACUUUACCAUCAAGGAAUACAGUUUGGAUUUUUCAAGAGUGAAGAUGGCAGCUUUUGGAUUGCUGGAAAGAAGUUCAAAACUUUUUACUUUGUCGAAUAAUGCUUUGUUGGAAUUUCUAUUAGAAGGUACACCUAAAAUGAAAGAGCAAUUGAUCGACUCUCGUAAAGAGGUUGAUAAUACUUUAAAACAUGCUUGCCAAAGAUUAAUUCAACAUGCCACAUUUAUAUUGAUCAAUCCAGUUAUGCAAUUGUUAGAAAAAGAAAAAGUACAUUCUAAUACUUCCAAUGCAGAUACUAAACAACAAAUUUUUGGAAAUGCGCAAGAAGUAAAUACAAUAGUUGCUGAUGUCUUACGAACGAUUAAAUUUAAGCUUCCAAAUAUUCAACAAUCUAUGCAGUUAUAUUUAGCUAACAAAGAGACAGAAUUUAUUUUAUUACGUCCAAUAAAGAAUAGCAUUAGUGCUGCAUUUGCACAAUUGUAUCAAUUGUUAAGCAAGUACUAUAGUUCAGAAGAACUUUUAUUGAUUGCUUGUCCAUUACCAGAACAAAUUUCUGUUAUAUUGAGUUCGUCCAGUCUUGUUCAAAAUAAAUCUAUACAGUCGGAAAAUAAACUUUCACAAGAUCAGGAAGAACUUUAAUAAGAGAUUACCAAUCAAAUUGUUAUAUGAAUAAUUGUAAAUACAUCAAAAUAUCCAUGCAAAAUUCUUUCCAAUGAUCUAAUUCCAAUGCAUAUGUAAAUAAAUUUGUCAUUAUAUCUUUGACCAAAGAAGGUCUAUUAUUUAAAAUGCAAUGUGAAAUAAAACAAAUGUAUAUCUCAAAGGUUUUAUAUGUAAAUAGAGAUAUAUAUGAGACUACUACUCUAAUACAAUUUUUCUACUAAUUAUUGUAUGAAGCAACAUAAAGUACUA